GACAUGAAGAGGCAGCAACAAAUGCCCAGAAGUUCAUGUUCGUGUCCAAGUCCAAAUCAGCAAAAAAGAAGCAAACUUGUAAAAAGGACCAACUGCUUAAAGCUUAGAAUCUACUCUCUCUCUCUCUCUCUCUCUCUGGCGUUUCUUGUUUGAUGAAGAUGAAGUAGUUAGCCAUGGAUUAGGAGGCGGGGAAUAAUAUUUAUCAGAGAAAGACAACUCUUCAAUCGACGUCAGCCGGUGACCCCUAACAAGUCUUGUUGAAGAAAACACCACCUCACCAAACCUCAAUAAACAAGAAAACCUAAUAGGUGUAAGCAUCUGCUCUCUACCCAUGGUGCUCAAUUUAGUCUCUAUAUUUUUACUCCUCUCUCCGCCUUCCCAAUCUCACCGCACCCCUCGAAUUUUCGUCCUUCCUCCAUGCAGCCGCCUCGCCGUAAGACGAAGCUCUUCUCGUCCGAGAUGGCCGCCAUGAAGCACGCAGCAGCGGGGGGAGGAGGCCGGAAGGGCAACAACCUCUCCGUGUUCGUGGUCGUGUUCUCGAUAUUCCUGUUCGGGGUCUUCAUGUACAACGAGGACGUGAAGUCGAUCGCCGAGUUCCCAUUCUCAUGGCCUAAGAGUCAGGAAAUCCAAGAAGGGUCAGGGUCAACGGAGCAGAGGGUUGAAAUGCCAGUGAUUGAAGAGGAAGAGGAAGAGGUCGAAUUGCCACCGAAGGAGUGCGACCUCUUCACGGGGCAAUGGGUGUUCGACAAUGUCACGCAUCCUCUGUACAGAGAAGACGAGUGCGAGUUUCUCACAGCACAAGUGACCUGCAUGAGGAACGGAAGGAAGGACUCCAGGUACCAGAGCUGGAGAUGGCAACCCAGAGACUGCUCUCUGCCCAAGUUCAAGCCCAGGCUGUUGCUCCAGAAGCUGAGGAACAAGAGGCUCAUGUUCGUGGGCGACUCGCUGAACCGAAACCAGUGGGAGUCCAUGGUGUGCCUGGCUCAAUCCGUCGUUCCUCGUGGCAGGAAGAGCUUGAGGAAAACCGGAUCUCGCAACAUCUUCAGAAUCGAGGACUAUAAUACCACGAUCGAGUUCUACUGGGCGCCGUUCCUGGUCGAGUCGAACUCGGACGACCCGAACAUGCACAGCAUACUGAACCGCAUCAUCAUGCCCGAGUCGAUAAAGAAGCACGGCCGCAACUGGAAGGGCGUGGACUACCUCAUCUUCAACACCUACAUUUGGUGGAUGAACACUUUCUCCAUGAAAGUCCUUCGGGGGUCGUUCGACAAGGGAUCGACCGAGUACGACGAAAUCGAGAGGCCGGUCGCGUACGGGAGAGUGCUAAGGACAUGGGCUCAGUGGGUGGAUCAUAAUGUGGAUCCUAACCAUACCAAGGUCUUCUUCAGCAGCAUGUCCCCUCUUCAUAUCAAGAGCUUGGACUGGGACAACCCGGAUGGCAUCAAAUGUGCCAAGGAGACAACCCCGGUGUUGAACACGACCGCUCCGCUGAACGUGGGAACGGAUCGAAGGCUGUUCGUCAUCUCCAGCAACGUGACCCGGUCCAUGAAAGUGCCCGUGCAUUUCCUGAACAUCACGACCCUCUCGGAGUACCGGAAGGACGCGCACACCUCGGUGCACACGAUCCGUCAGGGCAAGAUGCUGACGCCGGAGCAGCAGGCUGACCCGCAGAACUACGCGGAUUGCAUCCAUUGGUGCCUCCCCGGGUUGCCCGACAUGUGGAACGAGUUCAUUUAUACCCGCAUUUUGCAACACUCUUGACACUUAACCUUCAUUCAUUCAUACUUUCUUUCUUUCUUUUUUUUUGGCAAUUUGUGUCGAUCCACGCCUCAGUAUUUGUUUUGUUUAAUCCCCGUGUAAUUCUUCCUUUUUUAAUUUCCCCUUCGAUCUUUUAGCUUCUCAUUGCCCUGUUUCUAGGAUUAGAAGAUCGGCUUUGGCUCUUUGUUCAGCCUGGCGACUGAGACGGGAGAUGAAAUGGAUUUCCUGUCUCGGGCGGAAAGGCAAAAUUUUCUCAAGCCCAACACUUGUUAUCUUCGGAAAAGAAUAAAAACAGAAAAGUACAUAAUUCUAGCU